GAUGUAUGCAAUGAAAUAUAUGAACAAGCAGAAGUGUGUAGAAAGAGAUGAAGUGAGGAAUGUCUUCAGAGAACUUCAGAUCAUGCAGUGCCUUGAACACCCAUUUCUGGUCAAUCUAUGGUAUUCUUUCCAAGAUGAAGAAGACAUGUUUAUGGUUGUAGAUCUGCUCCUGGGAGGAGAUCUCCGCUAUCACUUGCAGCAGAAUGUGCAUUUUAGUGAGGAGGCUGUGAAGCUUUAUAUAUGUGAAUUAUCCCUGGCCCUGGAUUACUUACAGAAGCACCACAUCAUUCACAGGGAUAUCAAGCCAGAUAACAUCCUGCUGGAUGAACAUGGACACGUGCACAUUACAGAUUUUAAUAUAGCUACCAUUGUCAAAGGAUCUGAAAAAGCUUCAUCCAUGGCCGGUACAAAGCCUUACAUGGCUCCAGAAGUUUUCCAAUCGUUCAUGGAGGUGGGGCCCGGAUACUCAUACCCAGUAGAUUGGUGGUCAUUAGGGAUUACAGCCUAUGAACUGCUCAGAGGUUGGAGGCCUUAUGAAAUUCAUUCGACUACUCCAAUAGAUGACAUUCUCAACAUGUUCAAGAUAGAAAGAGUGCGUUAUUCUUCCACAUGGUGUAAAAACAUGGUGGCGCUACUUAAAAAGCUUCUUAUGAAGGACCCAGAGUGCCGCUUUUCAUCAUUAGCUGACAUUCAGACUUCUCCGUACCUGGCUGACAUGAACUGGGAUGCAGUAUUGGAGAAAUCUAUUACGCCCAGCUUUGUUCCAAAUAAAGGAAGACUGAACUGUGACCCAACAUUUGAGUUAGAAGAGAUGAUUCUAGAAUCUAAACCCCUCCAUAAGAAGAAGAAGAGACUGGCUAAGUACAAGUCUAGGGAGGCAGCCAAAGAAAGUUGUCCACUGAACGGACAUCUGCAGCAAUGUUUGGACACCGUGAGAAAAGAAUUUAUCAUAUUCAACAGGGAGAAACUCAAACAUCAACCGGACAAGGUGGACAAGCUUCGGGCACAGAGAACAAAGCACACAGUCAGCCACACAUAAAAGCUCAAGAUGGACACACCACAAAUAAUAACAUUUUGGUCCACGGCUGUACAAAAGGAUGCAGCAGCUUUUAGACUGGAUACAAAAUGGUGGACGUUACCGGAAACCCUUUUAUUUGCAUGUCUUCAC